AUGGAACAAAGAAGAUACGAGGGACGGAGAGCGAGAGGAUAUUUGGUAGGCUGCCUGGUUGCGGUGCUUUUGUGGAGCGGAGCUUCUGCGCAAAUACGAUAUUCCAUCUCUGAGGAAGUUAACGAAGGAACUGUGCUUGGAAAUAUAGUAAAGGAUCUGGGAUUGGAUAAAAGCACACUGAGAGACAGGAAGUAUCGUAUUGUUUCUAGUAAUGCCGAUCAUCUUUUCCAUGUAAAUCAGAACGAUGGUGUCCUGUAUGUGAGCCGAAAUAUUGACAGAGAAGAGGUGUGCGCGCAGAGCAGUACGUGUUUAAUUAAUCUAAAAACCGUGCUAGAAAACCCUCUGGAGGUACAUUAUGUUGUAGUGGAGGUGCUGGAUAUAAAUGACCAUUCACCCAGUUUCCCGGAGAAGGUGACAACGUUGGAGAUGUCAGAAUCUGUAACACCUGGAGUACGUAUUCAAUUAAAAGCCGCACGUGAUCCAGACAGUGGGCAAUUUUCAGUGGAACACUAUAAACUGAGCGACAACGAUCACUUCCGUUUGGAAGUUAAGGAUAAAGGAGAAUAUGGUAAAAUACCAAUAUUAGUAGUAAAAAAACCUUUAGACAGAGAAACUGCAGGAAGCCACUCAUUGGUGCUGACCGCAUUAGAUGGAGGUAAACCUCCAAAAUCUGGUGAAAUUAACAUUUUAGUAAAUGUUUUAGAUAUUAAUGAUAACGCACCUAUUUUCUCGAAAGAUAUUUAUUCUGUUAUGCUGGAUGAAAAUGCUCCAAUAGGCACAACAGUCAUAGAAGUGAAUGCAACUGAUUUAGAUGAAGGUCUAAACGGAGAAGUAGUUUACUCGUUUACUAUCAAUCAAAGGUUAUUACAAUUAUUUGAUAUAAAUCCAUUAACGGGAGAUAUCAUUGUUAAAGGUUUAAUAGAUUACGAGGAGAGGGACACAUAUGAGAUUGAAAUUCGGGCAUCAGAUAAAGGUCUUGCUCCUCUGGCAACAGAAAAAGGUGUUAUGAUCAAAAUAGUUGACAUUAAUGAUAAUGCACCUGUGAUUGAAGUUACCUCAUUUUCAAACUCCAUCCCUGAAGAUUCCAGACCUGGAACUACAGUUGCCCUCAUUAGUGUAAAUGACUUGGACUCUGGUCUCAAUGGAAAAGUUAUUUGUUCUAUAGUUGAGGAUGUUCCUUUUGCUUUAUCACCAUCUUUACAAGACAAAAUGUAUUCAUUAGUCACAAAAUCACCUCUGGACAGAGAGAGAAAGUCAACGUAUGAUGUCACGAUUAUUGCGAAAGACGCUGGCCAGCCUUCAUUAUCAUCUGAAAAGACAAUAAGUGUUGUGGUGUCAGAUGUGAAUGACAACCGUCCAGAGUUUUCACUGAGUCCUUAUACUUUCUAUGUCACUGAAGCUAAUGAGCCAGGAGCCUCUGUGUUUUCUGUUAAAGCUUUUGACCGCGAUGAGACUGAGAAUGCUCUAAUAUCCUAUCAUAUUCUCAGAGAUGGAAGCAAAGAUAAUACAUUUACUUCAUUUGUCAACAUUAAUACAGAAAGUGGAGAUAUUUUGGCUUUAAAAAGUUUUGACUUUGAAACCCUGAAAACGUUCCAGUUCCAAGUUGUCGCCUCAGAUUCUGGAACUCCACCACUAAGCAGCAACGUCACAGUGAACGUGUUCAUUCUGGAUCAGAACGACAACGCUCCAGUCAUCCUGUAUCCAGUCAGCUCGAACGGUUCUGCUGAAGGUGUGGAGGAGGUUCCCCGCAAUGUGAACGCAGGACACUUGGUGACUAAAGUCAGAGCCUAUGACGCUGAUAUCGGAUAUAACGGCUGGCUGCUGUUUUCACUGCAGGAAGUUACUGACCACAGUCUCUUUGGGUUGGACCGCUAUACAGGACAGAUCAGAACACUUCGCUCAUUCACAGAGACAGACGAGGCGGAGCAUAAACUGGUCAUACUGGUGAAAGACAAUGGGAACGUGUCACUCUCAGCAACAGCGACUGUGGUUGUCAAAGUUGUGGAGCCCAAAGAGGCUUUUGCUGCCACUGAUGUUAAAAGUGCAACAAAGAAUGAGGAGGAUAACAAUGUGACUUUCUACCUGAUGAUAACUUUGGGCUCAGUUUCAACUCUUUUUCUCAUCAGUAUCAUCGUGCUGAUUGCAAUGCAGUGCUCUAAAUCCACAGACUACACUUCUAAAUAUCUACAAGAGACUAAUUAUGACGGGACACUGUGUCACAGCAUCCAGUACAGAUCUGGAGAGAAACGCUACAUGUUAGUUGGACCCAGAAUGAGUAUAGGAUCUACUAUAGUCCCGGGCAGCCACGCGAACACACUCGUGCUCCCUGACAGGAGACAUACAUCUGGAGAGGUAAGACAUAUGUACACACUUUUUAAAAAUGAUUUACUCUAA